AUGCCGGAGGCCGGGGGCAGCUGUCCCUGGGGCCCCAGGAUGGUUGCGUCAGGCUCGGGGCCUGGCCUGUGCCGGGGCGAGAUCGAAUUUGGAGGGUCUGGGAAGAAGCGAGGCAAGUUCGUGAAGGUACCCAGCGACGUGGCCCCCUCCGAGCUCUUCAACCUCCUGCUGGCCGAGUGGCACCUGCCUGCCCCCAACCUCGUGGUGUCCCUGGUGGGUGAGGAGCGUCCGUUCGCCAUGAAGCCCUGGCUGCGGGAUGUCCUGCGCAAGGGGCUGGUGAAGGCGGCCCAGAGCACAGGGGCCUGGAUCCUGACCAGCGCGCUUCGCGUGGGCCUUGCCCGGUACGUCGGACAGGCCGUGCGUGACCACUCAUUGGCCAGCACGUCCACGCGGGCCCGCGUGGUAGCCAUUGGCUUUGCCUCCCUGGGCCGUGUCCUGCAUCGUCAGCUUCUGGACAAUGCCCAGGAGCACAGCCCUGUGCACUACCCCGCGGACGAGGGCAGCGGCGGGGGCCCCCUCUGCUCCCUGGACAACAACCAGGCGCACUUCAUCCUGGUGGAGCCCGGGCCGUGCGGGACGGGGGACGAGCUGGCGGAGCUGAGGCUCAAGCUGGAGAAACACAUUUCGGAGCAGAGGACCGGCUACGGGGGCACUGGCAGCAUCGAGAUCCCUGUUCUCUGUCUCCUGGUCAAUGGUGACCCCAGCACCCUGGAGAGGAUCUCCAGGGCCGUGGAGCACGCUGCCCCGUGGCUGGUCCUGGCAGGCUCAGGAGGCAUCGCGGACGUGCUGGCUGCCUUGAUGAACCAGCCCCACCUCCUGGUGCCCCAGGUGGCCGAGAAACAAUUUAAAGAGAAGUUUCCGGGCGAACAUUUCUGCUGGGAGGACAUCGUACACUGGACCGAGCUGCUGCAGAACAUCACCUCCCACCCACAUCUGCUCACCGUGCACGACUUCGAGCAGGAGGGCACCGAGGAGCUGGACACUGUCAUCCUUAAAGCGCUGGUGAAAGCCUGCAAGAGCCACAGCCAGGAGGCGCAAGACUACCUGGACGAGCUCAAGCUGGCCGUGGCCUGGGACCGCGUGGACAUCGCCAGGAGCGAGAUCUUCAAUGGGGACGUGGAGUGGAAGUCCUGUGACCUGGAGGAGGUGAUGAUGGACGCGCUGGUGAGUGACAAGCCCGAGUUCGUGCGUCUCUUCGUGGACAACGGCGCCGACGUGGGGGACUUCCUGACGUACGGGCGGCUGCAGCAGCUGUACCGCUCCACGCCCCCCAAGAGCCUGCUGUUCGACCUGCUGCAGCGCAAGCACGAGGAGGGCCGGCUGACCCUGGCCGGCCUGGGCGCCCAGCAGGCCCGCGAGCCGCCCACGGGCCUGCCCGCCUUCUCCCUGCACGAGGUCUCCCGCCUGCUCAAGGACUUCCUGCACGACGCCUGUCGCGGGCUCUACCAGGAGGAGCGGGGACCGGCCAGGCGGCCUGAGGGCCGGAAGUGGCUGCUGGAUCUGAACCGGAAGAGCGAGAACCCCUGGCGGGACCUGUUCCUCUGGGCCGUGCUGCAGAACCGCCACGAGAUGGCCACCUACUUCUGGGCCAUGGGCCAGGAGGGGGUGGCCGCUGCUCUGGCCGCCUGCAAGAUCCUCAGAGAGAUGUCGCACCUGGAGACCGGGGCGGGGGUGCGCCGCCCGGUGAGGGAGGCCAAGUACGAGCAGCUAGCCCUGGGCCUCUUCUCCGAGUGCUACGGCAAUAGCGAGGACCGCGCAUUUGCCCUGCUGGUGCGCAGAAACCGCGGCUGGAGCAGGGCCACCUGUCUGCACCUGGCCACCGAGGCUGACACCAAGGCCUUCUUCGCCCAUGACGGGGUGCAGGCUUUCCUGACCAAGAUCUGGUGGGGGGACAUGGCGUCGGGCACGCCCAUCCUGCGGCUGCUGUGUGCCUUCCUCUGCCCAGCCCUCAUCUACACCAACUUCAUCACCUUCAGUGAGGAGGCCCCGCUGAGGUCGGGCCCCGAGGGCCUGCAGGAGCUGGACAGCCUGGACACAGAGAAGAGCCUGCUCUGCAGCCCGGGCAGCAGGCCAGAGGAGCUGGCCGAGACACCAAGGGCUCAGGGAGGCCCAGGACCCCGUGCUGCCUUCCUGCUCACGCGCUGGCGCAUGUUUUGGGGCGCGCCUGUGACCGUGUUCCUGGGGAACGUGGUCAUGUACUUUGCAUUCCUCUUCCUGUUCGCCUACGUCCUGCUGGUCGACUUCAGGCCACCUCCUCAGGGGCCGUCUGGGCCUGAGGUCACCCUGUACUUCUGGGUCUUUACUCUGGUGCUGGAAGAGAUCCGGCAGGGAUUUUUCUCGGACGAGGACACACAUCUGGUGAAAAAGUUCACGCUCUACGUGGAAGAUAACUGGAACAAGUGUGACAUGGUGGCCAUCUUUCUGUUCAUUGCUGGUGUUACCUGCAGGAUGGUGCCCUCGAUGUUCGAGGCGGGCCGCACGGUCCUGGCCGUCGACUUCAUGGUGUUCACGCUCCGACUCAUCCACAUCUUUGCCGUCCACAAGCAGCUGGGCCCCAAGAUCAUCAUCGUGGAGCGCAUGAUGAAGGACGUCUUUUUCUUCCUCUUCUUCCUGAGCGUGUGGCUUGUGGCCUACGGCGUGACCACGCAGGCGCUGCUGCACCCUCACGACGGACGCCUGGAGUGGGUCUUCCGCCGCGUGUUCUACCGGCCCUACCUGCAGAUCUUCGGGCAAAUCCCGCUGGACGAGAUCGAUGAAGCCCGCGUGAACUGCUCCCUGCACCCCCUGCUGGAGGAGGGCUCCCCCUCCUGCCCCAACCUCUACGCCAACUGGCUGGUCAUCCUCCUGCUGGUCACCUUUCUGCUCGUCACCAACGUGCUGCUCAUGAACCUGCUGAUCGCCAUGUUCAGCUACACGUUCCAGGUGGUGCAGGGCAACGCGGACACGUUCUGGAAGUUCCAGCGCUACCACCUCAUCGUGGAGUACCACCAGCGCCCCGCCCUGGCGCCGCCCUUCAUCGUCCUCAGCCACCUGAGCCUGCUGCUCAAGAGGCUGCUCCGGAAGGGGGCCGCGCAGAAGCGGGCGCACCUGGGGAGAGACCUGCCGGAGCCCCUGGACCAGAAGAUGGUCACGUGGGAGGCGGUGCAGAAGGAGAACUACCUGGGCAAGCUGGAGAAGCAGAGGAAGGGCAGCAAGGAGGAGGUGCUGCGAAAAACCGCCCACAGGGUGGACUCUGUGGCCCAGCACCUCGGGGGGCUGAGGGAGCAAGAAAGGCGCAUCAAGCGCUUGGAAUCCCAGGUAAGCAGCUGGGCCUCACGCUCUUGAUGGGGACCCCCACCCUCAUCCCUACACCCCAGCACCCAGGCAGGGCAGGGCACGGCCCGGGGGGGCACAGUCCCUGUACCUGCCUCCAUAGGGGACUUUGGGGACAAUGUGCCCUCCCUGGAGGGUAUCCUGUCCUUCAGACCCCCUCACUGUCCACUCUGCACACCUGAACCCUGCCCUCACGCCUGUUCCCACAGCUACGGGAGGGGAGGCCCAUGGGGUGGCAGGGCCCACGGGCUGCCCCAGACGCCUCUCUCUCCCCCAGGUCGACUACUGCACGGUGCUCCUGUCCUCCAUAGCCCAGCGCAGCGCCAACUGGAACUCCCAGACCUCUAAAGGUGGACGCCAGCAAGCCGGUGCUGACCACUGAGGGGCUGCGGACAGCAGCGAGCGCCCAGAGGCCGGCCAGCGGCUCUCAGACACCUGAGCCACUCGGAGCAGCUGCACACGGGGCCCACCUCCCAGCGCCCCGAUCACGAUGGGCAGGCAGACCACCCCAGGCCCCAGAGACACACCGAACUUCCCCCGCCUCCGCUAGAGCCCUCAGUGGGCUCUGGCUCUCGUGGCCUUGUCAGAAGCAGCCACUCCUCGCCCCUGCCUGGCUCCUUGCCCGGGACCGCUCUCCCUUUGCCAGGAAGCACGGGGCUGGACGGCGGGCCCUCUCCCAGACUGGGGGAGCCCCGGGGGCCCCCAUCCACAACCAUCCGGUCUGGUCUGGUGGGUCACAACACGGGGUCCGCACCUAUCUCAUACCCAACUUGUAUCACCUGUUAAAACUCAUUUCUUGGAAACACUAGCGGCUGGAAGCUCUUGCCCUUUUGGACCUGGAGGGAGUCUUGACUCUGUGUGUUGGCCCCGAAUCCCACACCCUCACAUGCUCACACAGCAAGCCCUGGACUAUGUCCAGCCUGGGCCACGGCCCCAGGGGGACCCACCCCUGCCCCACGGCUGCUUCCUCCUAAGAGAACACACCCACCCGAGUCAGCAAAGGCUACGGGGUGGGGAGAGGGUUUACCUGCCCGUGGGAUAGGGGUCCUGGCUCCCGGUCUGGCCGUAGCUAGGGUGAGUGGCUAGCCGCGUUGGUCCCCUCCUUUCCUCCAAGGCCUGGGGCUGGGACAGCAGACCAGCCAGUCUCUGCUAUGUCCUGCCACCAGGCACAGAGGGGACACACUUGUCCCAGUCUGCCACCCCUGACGCCCUCAG